GGAGGCGGCGGGAGCCUGGGGCGUCUCCCAGCCCCAGCCGUCGGGACCUGAGCUCGGGGAGGAUGCUGCGGCUGCGCUGGGGGUUGAGAAUUGUGAGCCGCGGCCUCUCGGUCCCAGGGAGCGCGGCGUGCGGCGGGUCCUGGUGCCGGCUGCGCGCUGUUCUCACGAUGACUGAAGAUUUGAGAGCAGCGGUUGCCAGCCAGACGAAGAGGCUGAACAGCAGCAGUGAGGUGGUCAAACGGCCAGAAGAAAAUGGCCAUCAAAAUAAAAGGUUGAAGAGAGAUGCGGAUGAAGAGGAUACAGAGGAUCAGAGUAAAAAGUCACCCAAACGGAAGAUAGUGCUGCUGAUGGCAUAUUCAGGGAAAGGCUACCAUGGGAUGCAAAGAAAUGUGGGAUCUUCACAGUUCAAGACCAUUGAAGAUGACUUGGUGUCUGCCCUUGUUCAGUCAGGCUGCAUCCCAGAAAACCACGGUGAAGAUAUGAAGAAAAUGUCUUUUCAGCGGUGUGCCCGAACAGAUAAGGGUGUGUCUGCAGCUGGACAGAUUGUGUCGCUAAAGGUCAGGCUAAUCAAUGACAUCUUGGAAAAGAUCAAUAACCAUCUUCCUUCUCACAUCAGAAUUCUGGGUCUGAAGAGAGUCACUGGGGGAUUCAACUCCAAGAACAAAUGUGAUGCCAGAACCUACUCUUACAUGCUGCCAACAUUUGCCUUUGCCCAUAAGGACCAUGAUGUGCAAGAAGAGGUGUACCGACUGGACAAAGAGACUCUUGAAAAGGUUAAUAGACUGCUUGCAUGCUAUAAAGGAACACACAACUUCCACAACUUCACAUCUCAGAAAGGACCCAGGGACCCAAGUGCCAAGAGGUACAUAAUGGAGAUGUACUGUGGGGAGCCCUUUGUCAGGGAAAACGUAGAAUUUGCAGUGAUCAAAGUGAAAGGUCAGAGUUUCAUGAUGCACCAAAUAAGGAAGAUGAUUGGGCUGGUGAUAGCUAUUGUGAAAGGAUAUGCUGCUGAGUCUAUCCUAGAGUGCAGCUGGGGAGAGGAGAAAGUAGAUGUCCCCAAAGCCCCAGGACUUGGGCUGGUCUUGGAAAGAGUACACUUUGAAAAGUACAACAGGCGUUUUGGAAAUGACGGGCUGCACGAGCCGCUGGAGUGGACAGAGGAGGAGGAGAAGAUUGCUGUUUUCAAAGAGCAGUUUAUCUAUCCUACCAUUAUCAACACAGAAAAGGAGGAGAAAUCCAUGGCCAACUGGCUGAACACCCUCUCCAUUCAUGACUUCAGCUCCUCUGCUGGUGGGCUGCAAGCUAACAACAAAAAUUCAAAGAACAGCAGCGAUCUCGAAGGCAGUGAUGGUUGUGAUGAUGAUUCUGACUGAGCCAUUAAGUGGCGGCAUAUGAGACCCUUACUGCCUGCAGUUCCCUCUGUCUACAAAAUAGUGGCCUUUUAAAAUCCAAGAAUCCAGUAAAGCAGGGGCUUGUGUGCUUGCAGAACAAGAACUGGGUGCCCAGAAGAAACUAGGUGAGGAAAACUGCAGUAGAAAAAGAGGAUGUUUUUUUUUUAUACCACUGACUGAUUCACCUGACUGGUGAAUACUUGAAAAUAGUGUAACGAGAAAGCAGCUUUCUAAAAGAAUCUUGUAAAGCAGGAUAUCUUAAUUGAAAAUUGAAUAAUGUUUUUAUUAUAUGUUUACCUGGAAAAUAGUAUUUUAAAUAUGUAUAAUCACUACAUAAAGGUGGUGCAAAACAUUUUAA